AUGACACCACUAGACCCGUCGCUCGUGUUCCAGUUCCCUGCGGUCCGCUCACUCAUCCUCCGCGGACCCUGUGUCCUCCUGGGGGUACUUGAGUUCUUGCCCAAUCUCGACAUGCUCUCCUUCCUACCCUCUCCUUCUUUCGGGUACGGCCGUCCUACCCCUUAUACGCCUUUGCCUAUCAAGUCCAGGAUAUCGUCUCGCUCAUUCUCUUCGGCAUCCAACUCGUCGUCGGUGUCGAGGUCAUCGUUGUUCCUGGAGCUGUCACAGAUCCUGCAGGACAAGUGCCCUCACAUCACUCGUCUUGUACUGACAGAACCCUCGAUCAUGGCCGACUUGGCGACAGUGGGACAGUUACCUACCUUGUUGCAUACCAUGCCUGCGCGGUUGGUCCACGUCGAGUGGUCGCUGCGCGGUCGUAGUGGCGAGAUCGAGAGGGAGGUUAUCCAGGCGCUGGUUCUGCGUUUAGAGUUGGAGGAGUUGUCCGGUGCCGGCGCUAUGGAUGCGGAUGAGGAGAUCGUUAUGGAGAUGUUCGUCAAGAGUAUGUUCAUUGGAUCGCAGGCCUCUGUGCCUGUGGAUGUUGAUGUGGAGGAUGAGGUGGAGAUGAGUGAGGUCUCGUCGGGAGUAGGAGAGUUGCCACGAGACGAGUCUUGCGUCAGCUCCACUGUCUCCCUCGUCUUCAUUGUCGUCUUGGACUACCGGGUCUGCAUCCUUCGGCCAUCAAUCUCCUUCUACUACGUCUACAGAAUCUACGUCUUUGAGUGGAUCGGUGCAGGAUGUGGGGCAGAGUCAGAGACGGGAAGAGAAGCAGCAGAGGGUUCUGGGACAGGCGUUCGCUAUGACAGAUCCCCCUUUGUCUUUGGCGUCCGCCUCUGCCGUUUCGACGGCUUCGACGGUUUCUUCGUCCGCGAGUGCCAAGGCAGGAGACUCCUAUUUCUCCCCUCCAACCCUCACCACCAGUACCCUUUCCUCUUCUUGCUCAUACACCACCACCACCACCUCCUCCUCCGCAUCAACACCAUCCGUCUCCACACCCACACCCUCCUCAAACCAGAGCCAGGACCAGAGGAGUGA